AUGAAUACGAUGCUGCCACCUUGGCCUCCUUCUCAAUUUGAUGGUCAUUUGCCUCAUCCAUCUCAGCCUCCGCCUCCAUCUCCACCUCCAUCUCCACCUCCACCUCCACCUGGACCUCCAUCUCCACCUUCCUCAAGAUGCAAUAAGUGUAAGAAAGGUACAGAUGAGGAACAUGUGCAUGACACUUCGGAACCUGGUGGCAAUAGCAACACCAAUGAUGGAGAUAGAAAAAAACGGAAGCGCAAGAAGAAAUCAACAAAUAAAGAAUCAGCUCCUUGGGCCUCGACUUCUUCUGGACAGCAGGAGCAUCAACAAACAGAAACACCCGAAGCAUCAACAAGGAAGAAGCAGAAAGGAAAGGUAGUCAAUGAGGUCUACCGUGUCAGUAGAAGAGAUUUGAAAGAAGAUGCCACUGGAGGUGCUGAACGUUUGAGGAAUGGGAUUGUUAUUCAUGUGCGGGCUUUCAUGGGAGCUUUCAAAGCUGGAACGAUACCGGAUCCACCUACCUCUGCAGAAAUUGCUGCAUUCAAGCAAAGUCAAUCGCUGGGUAGUGACCCUCAUGCAGCUCUCAAACGAUCCCUUACCACAAUCAACACAUCCUCUAUCAAUAUUCUCAAUCAACUUCGAACUUUACGAGAAGAAUGCAAGCUGGCAGGCAGUACAACUGCUUCUAAAAUCGCACAGAUUCCUGAUGAUAAAAUCAAGAUGAUGUUUGCUUGUCUUCAAGAAAGUCUGCACUGUUUCUGUCCAGAUGUCUUUGGCACCCCAACUUCGUAUUAUAACCUAGUUCAUGAGGGUCUUGUGAUGAUUACUUUUACACAGGUAUAUUCCCUCAGUGGAUACAGAUUUCUUGGUAUUGAAAAGGAGUAUGUGGACAACACCCUUCUGGUGCAGAAACUAUAUCGUAGUUUUGUCUUCAGUCGGAUGCGAAAGCUUAUGCGGAGGGAAGCAAAGCAGAAGGGAGGGGUGCAAGAAGACCUAAACUAUACGAAAGUGUAUAAGGAGCGUCGUAAUUUUAAUCCAGAUGAGUUCAACAAACUUCCGGUGCACAUUCGGGUGAAAUAUAGAGACUCUUCUGUGGUUUUACCUUUGGCAGAAAAGAUGGCAGGUCCUGAGGAUGAUUGGAAAACGAUGGGACACAAGGGGUUUAUGAAGAAAUAUGGGAAAGAGGUUUGUAGCCAGUAUCAAAUCCCAACAAAGGAAGAAAUGGAGUCCGCAGAUGUAGAUACAGAUGAUGAAAUGGAUGAGGAUGAGGGUGAUGAAAGCGAUGGAUCUGAAAUGGAUGAAUCUUAG